GAGCUGAACUGGCUGGACCGACUUUUCUCAAUGAAGCCUUCACUGUCCAUUUUUCGUGAAGUCCUGUAUCGUCUUUCCCCCACGAUUGCACGUUUUCAACAUGAGGUCGUAAAUCCAGACGUGACUUUGGCAGUAAAUGGAUUCAUCAAGUCUAUACGACGUCAGAAACGAGUGUCUUUCGCGGUCCUAACUGAUGGGAGUCAUGCUCAAGGCAUCCAGGCGGUAUUUCUUGAUACAUCCUUAACAGAUGGACUAACGAACGGGAUGAGUGUACGCCUUACCGGCAAGAUUAAGAGCAGCCCUGGCCAGAAGCAGGAGAGAGAGCUCCUGGUUGACGCUGUAGAGGUCCUAGGAGGAUGUGAUCCUGAGACUUAUCCCAUACAAAAGCAGACGCUUUCGACAGAAUAUUUACGCGAAAACAUGCACUUGCGCGCGCGGACAGAUAAUGUUAGUGCCAUGCUAAGGCUACGUAGCCGUCUCAUGCAUUCAGUGAUGAACUAUUUUAAUGCCCAAGGAUUCCACUUCACCCACACUCCGAUACUUACUGGAAAUGAUGCUGAGGGAGCCGGACAAACUUUCCGUCUGGCACAAUUUGCGGAUCCACAGCCCGACAGACCAAAUGAGACCUCGGAAUUCUUUGGUCACCCUGCACAUCUUACAGUGUCAUCGCAGCUUCAUCUUGAAGCACUAGCAUGGGGUCUGUCUCGUGUAUACACGCUCUCCCCUUGUUUUCGAGCUGAGCGAUCGCAAACGAACCGACAUUUGGCCGAGUUCUGGAUGCUGGAAGCCGAGUGGAUGGACGUCAACCAAGAGGGCGUUCAAGGUAUCUGUGGGCUUGUGGAAGAUAGUUUAAAAUCGUAUGCAUCCGAUGUGAUAGGCGGACAAGAUGUCGACGUCCUCUGGAAGGAUGUAAACGAAGUACGGAGGAAGACCUUGGAGGGUUCACUCGCCAAAGCGUGGGCUAGAGUGACAUAUGGAGAUGCCAUAAAAGCACUUCAGGACGCCAAAGAUGUCACAUUCGAGUUCGAACCUCGGUGGGGGCGCACACUUCAGAGCGAGCACGAAAAAUGGCUUUCUGAAUACUUCUUUGGGGGACCUGUGUUCAUUACAGAUUAUCCCAGGGACCUAAAGCCCUUCUACAUGCGAGCGAACGAGGAUGGCGAGACGGUAGGCUGUUUCGACCUGAUAGUGCCUUACGUUGGAGAGCUUGUGGGUGGCUCAGUCAGGGAAGAGAGAGUGGACGUACUAGAGUCCAAAAUGAGAAAAGAUGGUCUGGGGAUGGGAAAGCAUGAAUAUGGGUGGUAUGCUGACCUUAGACGAUACGGUGGCUCACCUCACGUAGGUUUCGGAAUGGGAUUUGAACGGCUGGUAGCCUGGUUGGGAGGGAUUGACAACGUCAGAGAGUGUGUGCCUAUGCCCAGAUGGGCGUCUAAAAUGUUGCUAUAGCUAUAGGUGUAAUAUCCUUCAUUUCUCGCAUUAGCAACUUGCCCUGACGAUUUUACGUGGCUAUACCAUACAGUUCCUAUCCCCGGUACUUAAUACAUUGUUUGAUCAUCAAUACAUCCUACCCAACUCAG